AGUCGCUGCCUCAGCGCCGGGGUGGGCGGCACGGCUCGGCUCGGCUAGGCACGGCACGGCUCGCACGGAGCGGAGCGGAGCAGAGCGGGGUGAUGGAGCCGCGGGCCCUCGCCGCUCGCGCCCCAGCACGCGGCGCCCGCUGAGCCCCGCCCGCCGCAACGCCGCAGCCGCUCGCUUCCCCCUCGGGAAAUGGCCACGGAGCCCCCGCGGCCGGCGCCGCCCGCGGCCGGGCACCCCGAGGGCGGGUGCGGGCGCUGCGCGGGCGGCGGGCGCGGCGAGGCGGAGGAGGCCGCGGCCCAGCAGGCGGGAGGCGCCGCCCCGGGCCCCGCGGUGGCCGUGCUGCCGGCGGCGGCGGGGGGCCGGCGGCGGGGGCUGAACGGCUGCGUGCCGCUGUCGCACCAGGUGGCCGGGCACAUGUACGGCAAGGAUAAAGGCGGUAUACUGCAGCAUCCAGAUGGGACUGUCCUGAAGCAGCUGCAGCCCCCGCCACGAGGUCCCAGGGAGCAGGAGUUCUACAACAAGGUUUAUGACUCUGAUUGUUGCGACAGCGUUCUUCUGGAGCUGAGAGAGUAUCUGCCAAAAUACUUCGGUGUCUGGUCACCACCUACUGCACCAAAUGAUAUGUAUCUGAAACUGGAAGACGUGACCCGUAAAUUUAACAAGCCGUGCAUAAUGGAUGUAAAAAUAGGGCAGAAAAGUUACGAUCCGUAUGCUUCUGCAGAGAAGAUCCAGCAGCAGGUCAGCAAGUACCCGCUGAUGGAGGAGAUUGGCUUCCUGGUACUUGGCAUGAGGGUUUACCACGUCUCUUCCGACAGCUACGAGACGCAAAACCAGCACUAUGGGAGGAGCUUGACCAAGGAAACAGUGAAGGAUGGCAUCUCCAAGUUCUUCCACAACGGGUACUGCUUGAGAAAAGAUGCCAUCGCUGCCAGCAUCCAGAAGGUUGAAAAGAUUUUGAAGUGGUUUGAGGGCCAAAAGCAGCUCAACUUUUAUGCCAGCUCUUUGCUGUUUGUUUACGAGGGCUCAAGUCAGGGCCCAACCGUGCGGCUGAGCGACGUCACCUUGGCAGAGAAGAGAGGAGUGCCCAAAGGACUGUUAUCAGGUGGAGACAUACUGGAGUAUAACAACAACAUUCAUGUCAUAAGUUCUACAGAGAAUGGGAAGAUUGAGGCCUCUGUCAGUAAAGGCUUGUCCAAAUUUUACGCACUUCACAAAAAGGCAUACUCAAAGAGGCACCACAGCCAGCUCUCACUAAAAGUUGGAAGCUUGGAGCAAGACAACAUGUGGAAAAGCAGCACUUGCAUCACACAGGAGCAUCUGAAUGGAAACGUUAUACCGCAACUGGAAAAAGUUUUCUGUCACAUGCCAGCAGAGAUCAAGGAAAGUGCAAACGUAGAAGUCCGAAUGAUAGAUUUUGCUCACGUGUUUCCCAGCAACACGAAGGAUGAGGGCUACGUUUAUGGUCUGAAAAAUUUAAUCACAGUACUUAAAAAUAUUUUGGAUAACUAGAUUCUUUGUUAUGGUUUUUACUGGGGGCCAACGAUAAAGAAGAGCAGCAACAUGAAGAAUUUCUGCACUUGUAAUGCUGUAUAACUGGGUUUGUAUUGUUCUACUAUAUCUAAUUUGUCUUUGUACUUUUGGUAGAAGGGUUUAACUUUUUAUAAUCUCACUCAGGAAAAUAAAUGAUAGUGAACUGGGGAGUGUGAAAGGGUGAAGAUACUUGAGAUUAAGCAGGAUAGGUAAAUUAGCAGGGUGAGGUGUACGUGGUUGGCUUAAAUCCAAGCAGUACUAUUUAAGCAGGGGUUGUGUUCGUUCCCAUAAGGACUUGAGCUUAGAUAACAUUUGCCCACUUAGCCUUGACACUGAGCCAUAUCUCCAUUAACAGGUCUUUAAAAAGUGGACUGAAAACUGUACAGUACAGGACUGGCAUCCUCAGUACUGCCCUCUUGUGUUUACUACAUUGGAAUAACUGGAGUUAACCCUACUUGGAGAGAAAUCCCCUUUAGAUUCAGUUGUCUGACCCGGGAAGCAGCGUAUCCAAAAGCAUUGCUGGAUGUAGCAGGGUGGUAGUGCUGUGCACAGCACUGCGGUGGGCACUUCCCUCCCUGGUGGCUGUUUGUAGCUGAUGGUCGUUGCAGACAAGCUCCAGUGUUAUUUGUGUGAGGUGCUAAGAAAAUGCUGGACUAAACUGUGGGAACAGGCUUAAGCUGCACAACUGCUAGAGAAACUUUGUUUUGAGAAAGAGUGAAGGAAAAAAAAAAAAAAAAAACAAACCAAAAGAAAUGAAUGUGAAAUAUUCCAGGAGCUAAUUUGAUUUAGGAGAGAAAGUCAAUCUGUUAAUGGAGUGUGUGAUGUUGCGACUAAGGGAAAUGCUCCUUUGUUCUGAUGGCCCUUUUCCAAAAAACGCUGCUUCUAGAAGCAAACUAACUGAGUGGAGAGACGAAGCGUUUGGGGAAGCGUACAGAGAUGUCCUCAAGCUGUUUGCCACUUGUUUUUGCAAGAAGCAAUUCAGAUUGCCACUGCCAUGGAGCACCAGCUGGGAACAACGCAGCGAGGGGCUGUGUGCUGCCAAGAGCCAGCGCAGCCCGGAGCAGCCCAACAAACCCUGAGCUCAGGCCAUCUUCACUUAUUUAUUUAGUCAUUUCAUUUGUUUUUCCCCCAGUUGGCAUACAGACAAGUUGUAUGAUUUGAAAACUGUCCCUCUUGGUUCUUGAUUUAUUUUUUUUUCCCCUCCCUACAGGGAAAAAGCAAGAAUUAAUUCUUUGAUGUAGAAUGAGAUUGGGAUGGUGGUGUGUCUCCUCUCUGUACUUUGCACGUGGCUGUCUUAGUGUGCAUAUACAGGCAGCUGUACUAAAGUGAUGAUGGAGAAGUCACGCCAUAUAUAAAGACAGAUUUUAAUGCUUUAAGCAAGCCCCACGAGUCAAACUGUCUAGAAUGGAUUUAGUCCUUGGAAACAUGCAUCUUUUAAAUGUGGACUCGACGUGACGGUGUGGCCUUGCUUGCUGCUCUCUGUAUGAUGUUCUGCACUAUGCACUCAACUGUGUAUGCGUCCUUAUGAGUUCUUGUUUUGGCAUCUUAUUGUCUUUCUUUGAACAAAUGCGCUGCUUUGAAUGAAGUUGAAGCUAGGGCUCCAUUUUAGAUCCUGGGUUAAUUGGAAAGAAACAGGGUAUUGUGUAGAACUGAGGUGACUUGUAACAUUUCUUUAAAUGUUGGCGGUAAUACUGGCCAAUACAUUGAAGAAUGAAGACAGUCAGCAAGGUGAUGUUUUUGAAGCAUGGGGAAGAUGCUUGCAGGAGGGGCACUAAGAUUGUACUGACAUUUUCCUGCAAGUUCUGGUGAUGGCAGAGAGGAAAAUAUUGGGAAGAUCAAGUGUUUAUUCCAGCUGGUACUUCCACUGCACCGUGCAGUCAGUGUGUUCCCAACUCUCUGUGAACUAAUUUAGCCAUAUUCUAGAAAGAGUUUGUGGUUUGGUUGGCUUUAAUGCUGGUUUCUGUGUUAUGGUUUAGAUGUUUUAUCCCAUGAACAGUCAACACUAGGGUAGUCUAGGCUGGGAGUGGCCGUGUAACUAUAAUCUCACAUUGCUUUAAUAGAAAAUACAGGGGAAAACAUUUCUACUUCUGUUUUUUUUCCUCCAUAAUUCAUCUCUACUGGAUCUUAAUCCAUUUUUGUGCCAGAGAAAUCGGACAUCUGCCUCAAAGGAGUCAGUUAUUGAAAGUGAUCUAUAUGCUUUCAGUGUAAGCGUGUUCUCCUGUCUCUGCGUUAAGAUAAAUGUCUUCAGUGUUUGAAUGCUCUUUAAGUAUUGAUUGUUGUGUUGACUAUGGCAGUGUUUGUAAUGCACCUGGAAUAUUGUUAAACUGUCGGAAUAUUUUGAAUAAAAAAAGUAAAAUAAUUUUAUCAGGUUUUUUUUUAGUUAUUAUGGAUGUAUUUCUGUUAAUUUAAAAUGUAGCUUGAGAGAUAACAGUAUUUUUAAUUGGAAGUUGUGUAAAUAAAGCUUGCUGUAGAGGUGUUUUGGCAUAGUACGAAUGUGAGUUUAAGACCACGGUGACGUUCUACUCACAUUGUUCUUGCACACUUUAGAUUUGGUGUUUGUGGUGUCCUGUGUCUGCUCAGAUUGGAUUGUUUUCAGUUACAGUUCAAGCUGUAUUCACAGAAGUAAUAGGAAAAUGCAAUCUUAGCACUAUAGGUGUGCAUUGCCACCGAGCUCUAUCCAAGCCAGUGACGCCAAGAGGUCACAUUGUCUGUGCGGCACAGACAGGACCGGCGCCAGAUCUGUGGUCAUGUCCACAGGCUCUUGGGUAUUUCUGUCCAACAGAACUGAAAGCAGGUCCCUUCCCCGGGCUGCUGUGCGAUUGGAGUGCUGCUGUCGCUGAUGAAACCUGUCUGUUUUCAUUUUAAGCAAUAAGAGAUUGAUUGAGUAGAAUCAACUGUCAAAAGGGAAGAUUGGUGUAAGUGUUGUCAUUCGUGUGUUCUCUAAGAAUAUACUUAUUCUGAGGACUUUCAACCUAGGUGAUGAUGAGGACUGUGCAUAGGCUUACCUAAGGAGAGUUUGGAUUGUAUACAUUUUUAUAAAAAAGCAUUUACAUACAAUGGUAUUUUUGGAUAUGGGUGGAAUUUGCUGCAUAAAUGACAUUGGAAAAUUAUUAUACCAUUAUGGAACGUCGAAAAUGUUUCAACCAAAUCAUUCUAAGAACAAAAAUGGAGACUUUAUAUGUAUCUGUGGUUCACUUUGAACUCAUACCAUUUUCUAUUUUUCUGCUGUUUUGCGUAGUCACUGUUCUUUUCUGUAACUGCAGUUUUGUGGAGGAUUGUUAAAGCCUCAGUCAGUAGUUAAGGAAAUAGGUAACUCCCUUUAGUUUCAUUAGCGGAGUGCACAUGGUUUUGUUCUGCAAAGGAUUCUCAGUGUGUUAUUCCUCUGGAGCCCCAAGAGAACCAUUCCCCACCUGCGGAGAGCUCCCGCUGGGAUUAAUGUGGGCCACUCAGGGCCAAGAAUGGGACUCAUCACACAUAGCAGCAGCAAAGGGAAGGCAUGACCUGCUCUGCCGUAUCACCACUGGUGUUUUAGCCUGAACUUAGAAACCUUUGCCACAGUUUUUUCACUUCACAGUGUGAAGUAUUGUCAAGUCUAAGACGACAGCGGUAGGUGUGAGGCACUUGUACCUGCUGUUCCAAGUUCAGUUAGUCGUUCUCUUCCCCCAUGGUUUUUUCCAUUAAGCUUUCCUCUGGAGUGCCUUCUUCAACCCUUGCCCUGGGACCAGGGGUGACCUCCUGUAGCAUCUUUGUGGAGUGAUUUAAAAACAAAACUACUCAUGCCCCAUAACUGCUCUUAAAGUGCAGCUAUUGAAAAACACCUUCAAAAUGCCUCAGAUAACGGGAAUGCAAUUUACCUUUUGUCCCUGUUAGCAUGGAAAAGUAGGAGUGGCAUUUUAGCACAGAAAGUGCUUGGAUUGGAGAGUGGAUGGUAGGUUUUGUGAAACGUGCCUUGUGUGAGUAUUCUGGGGGCAAGGUGAGUGACAACCAAACUGGGCAUGACGUUUCCUUACUGCCAUCAGUGCUGGGGUUUGGUUUAAGAAGGUAGCACAGGGGGAGCGUGCUGCCUUCAGGGUGUUUGAGGCCAUCUGCGAGUGAAAGCUGCAGAGUAGGUUGUCUACAGAACGACAAAUGGUAUUUCAGCAGUGUUUGAAAGGGGAAAAAUGAAAAAAGCUAAGGCAGAAACAGGCUUCAAGAAACACCUUUUUUUCCGUGGUCUUGUUUGAUGGAGAUGGGCCCCGUGUAUUUGGAGUUCAAUUUCUGUGUGUUGUACAACAUUCAACAGAAAAUAGUCACCAAGAGCAAAGGUACUUCAAAAACAAAACCCCCUUUGUUUCAACUGUGUGCAUUGGUUCAAAAAGAUUUUUUUUUUUCUAAAUAAAGUAACUAAAGUGACUUAUGAACUGACUUGUAAAUGUGUGUAUUGCACCUGACUACAAUGAGUCCAGAGUGCACAAAGGCACUUUAUGCUCUGGGAACUGUACUGGAAGAUAAACGAAAGCAUGUGAAAUUGCACCUGACGCUGUCAUGAAUUGUUUUUCAAACCUGAAGUUCUGCAUUUCUUAUGCUUGAUGGAUGAAUGUAUCAAGUCUGGUCUCAGUUUCUCUGAUGGAAGAGUCUAAUGCCGUCACUCCGACUCCUCUGAUUUUUGUGUUGGACUGUAAUUUCAUUUGCUAUCUUUGCCAUUAUUGGACUGCAGGGGGUAUUGUUAAUAUUACAUGUCUUUAUUUUAUAGAAUAUUGUACUAUGCUAUCUACCAACUUUUGUAAUUUAAUUCUCAUUGAUACUUAGGGUAAUUCUAAUAGCUGUAUAUUUGGCAAAAUAUUAAAAUUUUCUGCAAGUGA